CCGCACAGCCGGGACCGGCGGGUUGGCGACGCGGGAGCUUCUUCCCCGCGGUUCGUCCCCCUCCCGCUGCCCUGGGAACGGGGCGGAAUAGGCGGCCGCCACCUGCCCCGAGUCUUUAGAAGAUCUGAGGACGCCAAAGGCAAUAAUUUUAACUGACUCCAGCCUCAGAGAAGGGUGAAAAUUUUCUCCAGCUACUGCGUUCAGUACUGCUAGAAGUGUUUUGAAUCUCCCCAAGCUGGAAUGUAUGCUGCUUUCUCUACAGCAUUAUAAGCUCUGAUAUUCAGAAGAGGAAAACUGAAAGAUGCCAUCUGAGAGGUGCCUGAGUGUUCAGGAAAUGCUGACAGGUCAAAGGCUUUGUCAGUCCAGCUCCCAUAACGAUGCUGUCCUGGCAGCCCUGAACCAGCAAAGAAGCGAUGGCGUACUCUGCGACAUCACCCUCAUUGCUGAAGAGCAGAAAUUCCACGCACAUAAAGCAGUCCUGGCAGCAUGUAGUGACUACUUUCGAGCAAUGUUCAGUCUCUGCAUGGUUGAAAGUGAAGCUCAUGAGGUGAAUUUGCAUGGUGUCACAAGCCUCGGUUUAAAACAAGCUCUGGACUUCGCAUAUACUGGACAGAUCCUCUUGGAACCAGGGGUGAUACAGGAUGUCCUAGCAGCUGGGAGUCAUUUGCAGCUGCUGGAGCUACUCAGUUUAUGUUCUCACUAUCUCAUUCAGGAAUUAAAUAGUUUUAAUUACUUGGACCUGUAUAAACUUGCGGACCUCUUCAACCUCACUUUGUUGGAGAAUGCAGUGGUUGACUUCUUAGUAAAACAUCUCUCUGAGCUAUUGAAGAGUCAUCCUGAAGAAGUUCUGGCACUCCCAUACUGUCUCCUUCGAGAGGUUUUUAAAAGUGAUAGACUCACUUCACUCAGUGAAGAACAAAUCUGGCAGCUGGCUGUGAGGUGGUUGGAACACAACUGCCGCUACCAGUACAUGGAUGAACUGCUCCAGUACGUCCGCUUUGGCCUUAUGGACGUGGAUACCCUGCACACCGUAGCUCUUUCUCAUCCUCUUGUCCAAGCUAGCGAAACUGCCACAGCGCUCGUUAACGAGGCCUUGGCUUACCACCAGAGCGUCUAUGCACAGCCAGUUUGGCAAACCAGAAGGACAAAACCUCGCUUCCAGUCAGACACCCUUUACAUCAUCGGCGGCAAAAAACGGGAGGUCUGUAAAGUGAAGGAACUGCGGUACUUCAACCCCGUGGAUCAAGAGAACGUUCACAUCGCAGGGAUCGCCAACUGGAGCGAGCUGGCGCCUAUGCCCCUAGGGAGGAGCCACCACUGCGUGGCUGUCAUGGGGGACUUCCUUUUCGUAGCUGGUGGAGAGGCAGAGCACUCCACGGGGCGCACGUGUGCCGUGAGGACUGCCUGUCGGUACGACCCCCGCACGAACUCCUGGGCUGAGAUAGCUCCCAUGAAGAACUGCCGGGAGCACUUUGUGCUGGGAGCGGUGGACGAGUACCUCUACGCCGUAGGGGGCAGGAAUGAACUGCGUCAGGUCUUACCUACCGUGGAACGCUACUGCCCCAAGAAGAACAAGUGGACCUUUGUACAGUCCUUCGAUCGAUCGCUCUCGUGCCACGCGGGAUAUGUGGUGGAUGGUCUUCUUUGGAUAUCAGGAGGAGUGACAAACACUGCACAGUAUCAGAACAGGCUCAUGGUCUAUGAUCCUAAGCAGAACAAGUGGCUGAGCCGUAGCCCGAUGCUGCAGAGGAGGGUGUACCACUCCAUGGCUGCCGUCCAAAGGAAGCUUUACGUCUUGGGUGGGAAUGAUCUGGACUACAACAACGACCGCAUCCUGGUGCGGCACAUAGACUCCUACAGCAUAGAUGCUGACCAAUGGACGCGUUGCAACUUCAACAUGUUGACAGGUCAAAACGAGUCCGGAGUCGCCGUCCACAAUGGUAGAAUCUAUUUAGUUGGCGGCUAUUCGAUUUGGACAAAUGAGCCCUUGGCAUGUAUCCAGGUGCUGGACGUUAGCAAGGAAGGGAAGGAAGAAGUAUUCUACGGGCCUACGCUCCCCUUUGCUUCCAACGGAAUAGCAGCUUGUUUCCUUCCAGCUCCUUAUUUCACGUGCCCCAACCUUCAGACUCUGCAAGUGCCUCACCACAGGAUCGGCACCAUGUGAGACAAGGAACCUCCCCUUCCUAAAAUCAGAAACGGAGCUGGGGGGAGGAAAUCAAAGGCUGUGUAUAGAAGGGUUUCUCUGGAUCAGUGAGAAGAUCAAUCCACGUGAGCUGCUGCUUUACAUUCACACAUUUGUCUUAAAGUGGGAUCACAACCUAUUGUGCAGGAGGGAAGCUCCAGAAGCUCUCUGCAGGUUCUCUCAGCUGCCUCAGAUGUAGAAGCAUCUCCAUGAGAGCGUCUGGCGUUUCUGCCGGUGACUCCUGGCUGCCUGUCUCUACUUCAUCUCCUUAUGCAACUUUGUAAGGCGUCGUCAAUGCUCUCAGCCCCUCCUGGGCUGCUCUUCUUUGGAGCCUGCACGUUCAGUUGUUCACUAAUGGCACUUGCAAAGCUGAUAAAAGCUGUGUUUAUGUUGACAAAGAUGAUAUAAUACUACGGUAAUUAUGCAACUUACUCGAUACCUUUGGCAAAAAGAAUAACAAAUGUGUUGACUUCCAAUUCCAAACUCCAUCGUUUACAGGUUCUCAUUUAAUAAUACUUCAUUUGAAAUUUAAAUACUGCAAAGCAGAUUAAAACAGAAGUAAAAACAAACCCUAUAGUAUAUGAGGAACAGAUAAAAAUUGUCUCAGCUGAAAGACAAAGACAGUGAAGCCUCAUGGUUAAACCCAAGUCUGAACUGAAUGUGUUUGUCUGAGAAACUAAAGAUCAUUGGGGAUGUCAUUUACCAAGGUCUACUAUCAAAUAAAUGUUACCUUCUGUCAUAUGA